AUGAGCACAGCGGCAUCGUGCGGGCCCAAGGCUCGCGGGAUCGUCGGGGAGCAGCUCCAAGAAUGCGUCGAAACCGGCAGAAACGCUGUUUCCAGUGCCAGGGCAUCCGUGGAAAAACCAGUGAGGGAGGUGGUGGAAAAAGUCACGCAGCAAGUGCGCGACUGCACCGAGGCCGGUCGCGAGACGGUUAACAGCGCCGCGGCCAGGACGCAUGAGUCAUUUAAUGCAACCAAACAGAAGGCGCAGCAACUCGCUGAGGAGGGAAAACAACGCCUCUGUGGUGUGAUUGACGCGGCGGCGUCGUACGUCAAUGAGGGGAACCACGCGAAUGAGAACGGCGAAAACGGCAAUUCUUACGCCGCGCGAGUGCGGUCGGUCGCCGAUCAGUGCGUGGAAACAGGCAGGCAGGUCCUUAAUAACGCCAAGUCGUCCGCGGAGGCCUACCACAAUGCGGCCCUUGAGGCGGUUCAGAGCAAAGUCGCGCAUGGACGCCAGCAGGUGGAGGCGUACGCGACAAGUGCGAAAUCUUCCGUUGAGCCCCUUGUCGACUCCGCAAAGGGAGUCGUAAAUAGGUCGACCACACGUCUCAGUGAAACCCGUGAGACACUUCGAGAGAAGAAGGCAGCCUGCAUGACGAAAAUUGAAACGGCUCGCACAAAAGUCCGCACCGUGGCGGAGAGGAGCAAGACGCAUCUCCGAAGCAUUUAUGAAAAUGGGAAGAAUGCGGUUGCGAAACGCGACCUCCACCUGGCUGUCACUCUGGUCGCACAAGUAAUCGCUGCGGUACUCCUCCUUGCGACGGCCCUCUUUGAGGAGUUACUGCAUUUCGCCUGGGUGAAGAAGGCCACAGACUACGCCCAGAAUUCCCAGGUGACGCAGAGGGCACAAAAAUUACUGGAGACAGUCAACAUCCCGCAAACGGUCGAGCGUGUCCCCGUUGUCGGCCGCCGCGCCGUGUCUGCCGUCACCUCUUUUGUAACUGAAGUGAAGAGGAGCAUGGAAGAAAUGGGGAAGCAAAGCUGA